AUGCCUGUAACAAAUGGAGUGGAGACCGUGUUGGCCGCACCAGAGGGAUAUGUGGUUGAUUUCGAUCAUCCGCAGAGACAAGGUGUCCCACAGGCCUACUACGUUGCCGGAUUUGGGACUGCCAUUUCGUUGCUUUUCUUUGCGCAACGGCUGUAUGUCAAAGUAUGCCUUGCAGGUGGGCUUCUGGUUGAUGAUUUCUUGCUUAUCGUAUCUUGGAUUCUGGCGCUCGUAACGGAGGGACUUUGUCUUCACAUGUUUGCGACAGGAGUUGGAGGCGUACAUGCUUGGGAAAUAUCAGUUGAACAAUUCAACUCCUAUUUACUAGAUGUGUACCUCGCCGCCUCGCUCUACGUUAUCUGCGGAUCAUUGGCCAAGAUCGCCCUCCUCAUCUUUUAUCUUCGCCUAUCUCCUCAGCGAUGGUUCAAAAUGGCGACCUGGUCAGCAAUAGUGUUGAUUUCUGGCUAUACAAUGGGCAUCUUCAUUCCCCUCGUCUUUGCCUGCCGGCCCAUCGCUAUGAAUUGGGAUGUAACGAUAACAGACGGAGUUUGUCUCAACAGACCGAGUCUAUAUAUCGCAACAGCCGUUGCAAAUAUUGCUUCCGACCUGGUAUUGUUCAUCCUCCCAAUACGAAUGGUUAUGCAGCUGCAGAUCCCACGACGGCAGAAGUUUGGUUUGCUCGGGAUAUUCUGCAUUGGCUCCUUGACCGUCGUCACUUCUGUUGUUCGCGUUUCUAUUCUACCAUCGCUUUUGACUGACCCUGAUGCAACCUGGGUGGUUUCUUGGGCCAGUGUGUGGAGUAUCGUUGAAGCCAACCUGAUCGUCACCUGCGCUUCAACACCGACCCUCAAGAAAUUCUUCAAACACAUCGCCCCUAAAAUCAUUGGCGAAUCUCGCUAUGGUAGUAAGACCAGGACGACCGAAAACUCUCAGCCACCCAGUCGAACCCUCGUCCCAUCAUCUCAAUCUCGACGGGAUCGAAAUAAUUAUUCGCAGUUUGAUCCCGAGGAAAGGGCCGUCAAUGAUGCAUACCUAAUGGGACCUGUCACAGGUCGGCAGGAUCUGAAAAUAAUGGGAGGCCACGGUGAGGAAGCCGUGGGAUGGGGAGACACGGACUCGGAGAAGGGUAUUGUCCAGGCCCCACCCAGGAAAGCGAUCCUUCAGACAACAACGGUGACUGUGGAGUACACCGACGAACAGCGACGAUAAAGGAAGCAGGAAUAUUUGCACUUGGCACCAAGGAUAAUUAAUUAUGGGCUGCUGUAUGAUUAGAACGGGAAGGUAUUCUUUUCGGGUACGAUGUGAUUGCGAGAUUGCUGGAAGAGGAAAUGAUAAGGUCGUGUAUCACUACAGCCUCCCAAUAGAUUAUGCAAGUGACAUCGUGUCGGCACACAUAUCUUGCACUCAAUAUGAGUCAAUUCUAG